AUGCAGGGAGAGUACACCUUACCUCCCUCCCUCCCUUCCACUUUCUUCCUCCCUUUCUCUGUCUCUCCAACUCUUCACUCUACAGCAGCUCUCACCAACACACCACAACACACCACCACUGUCACACUAAGUGGCAUCCUAAACACAGACCGAGACGACCUUGGACUGCUGCAGACGAGGAUGAGGGUGUGGUCAUGGGAACAGUGCGGGGAGACAGGGAUGGUUCUGCUGGGCUUCCUGACGUUGACGAUGUGUUUCGGGAACCUAUCUACCAGAGGGCUGCAGGAGGACAGCGUGGCCUCAAACAGUUUGGAGGAGGCACUUGAGGUGACCACAUACUGGUGGGGAGAAUGGGCCAAAUGGACAGCCUGCACUCGUACCUGUGGAGGAGGAGUGAUGUCACAGGAACGGCACUGCCUCAAACAGCGAAAAAAAGUUUCUGCUGGGAAGGACAACAUGACCUGUACAGGAACUGCUAAGAAAUAUCAUCUCUGCAAUACCAAAGAAUGUCCUGCCACUGGGAGGAGCUUUAGAGAGGAGCAGUGUUGGUCUUUUAACUCUCAGCUUUAUAAUGGGAGGAACUAUCAGUGGAAACCUCUCUAUCCUGAUGACUACGUUCAUAUCUCCAGCAACCCCUGUGAUCUCCACUGCACCACCACUGAUGGACAGAGGCAGCUGAUGGUGACAGCACGAGAUGGCACGUCCUGCAAGUACAGCAGCUACCACGGUGUCUGCGUGGACGGUAAGUGUGAGCCAAUUGGAUGUGAUGGGGUACUGUUCUCCUCCAACACCUUGGAUAAGUGUGGAGUCUGUAAGGGGGAUGGCAGCAGCUGCAGCAGAGUUACGGGAAACUUCCGUCGAGGAGCUUCAAGUCUGGGUUAUACUCUUAUAACUCAAAUCCCUGAAGGCUCCUGGGACAUACAGAUCAUUGAGAGGAAAAAAUCGGCUGAUGUUCUUGCUGUGACUGACCAAGCAGGAAACUUCUUUUUUAAUGGUGCCUACAAGGUGGACAGUCCUCAGAAUUUCCAUGCAGCAGGAACUGUCUUCAAAUACCGCCGACCUAUGGACGUGUAUGAGACUGGGAUCGAAUACAUUGUUGCCAAAGGCCCCAUUGACCAGCCUAUCAAUAUUCUGGUGUGGAACCAAAAUGGUCGCACACCGUACAUCACCUAUGAGUACACUGUCCUCCGAGACUCCCUGCCACCUGUUCCUCCGCCUCCUGUCUACACCGGAUCAGACACCUCAGCUGGUGAGGUGUCUGUAGAAACGGGUGAUCUGCUGCCCCCCAAUGGCACCAUCUGUGACCAGGUGGCUCCAGGGGGCCAGGUGGAGACAGUAGGUGCAAAUGGGCAGAAGGGCAAAGAGACCAAUGAGGUGUAUGAGGAGACAGCGACCAGUGACUGUGAAGAUGGAGCAGCUGCCCCAAAGUUUAUAAGUAACAGCAGCUAUGCAGACAGCACUGCCAAACCUGUUCCUGACAGUGGACCCCUGGAUACAGGACCCAAUGCCCCAAACCUCAUCUGGAGUGUCCUGUUGGAUGGCCGAAUCGGUGCAGAUGAGCUACUUAUCAACAUUUCGACCAACCAGCUGCUGACUGAGGGAGACAGUUUGUUCUCUUCUGAGGUAGGACCAGUAGAGGUGGGUCUGAGCAGCCUGGAGCGAGAUGAUCUAAAUGAGACACUCGAGUUCACUCUGGGCCACAAGCGCAACGACAGUGGAGACAGCCAGAACAGAACAGUGCAGAGUGGAGGGAGGACGUCCAACCGUUCCAACAGAACCAGGGGGAAUCAGCGGCUCUACCAGAAGAACCUGAAACUGAGUGCUGCGGACAUGUACCGCUGGAAACUUUCAUCACAGGAGCCGUGCAGCAUGACCUGCUCUAUUGGAGUGUCCAAGUCCUUCGUCACAUGUAUUCGUUAUGAUGGUGUGGAGGUACACGAUAUGUACUGUGAUGCUCUUACCAGACCAGAGCCGGUACAUGACUUUUGCAUUGGCAGAGAAUGUCAGCCCAGAUGGGAGGCGAGCAGUUGGAGCGAGUGCUCCAGGACCUGUGGAGAGGGUUUCCAGUUUCGCCAGGUUCGCUGCUGGAAGAUGCUCUCACCAGGUUUGGACAGUUCAGUCUACAGUGACCUCUGCACCAUGGCUGACCUGGAGAGACCUGUGGAGAGACGAGCCUGCAAGAGCCCUGCAUGCGGACCACAGUGGGAGGUGGCUGAGUGGACUGAGUGUCCUGCUAAAUGUGGCCGCAAAGCUCAGGUGACCCGUGAUGUCCGCUGCUCUGAUGAGACCAGACCAUGUGACCCAUUGACCAAGCCGCCGAAUGUCAAAAACUGCACUGGUCCUCCCUGCGAGCGCCAGUGGACUGUGUCCGAGUGGGGGCCUUGCUCGGGGUCAUGCGGCCAGGGGAAGAUGGUGCGUCAUGUGUACUGUAAGGCUCCGGAGGGUCGUGUAGUUCCCGAGAACCAGUGCUCAGCAGAGAACAAGCCCCUAGCCAUUCACCCCUGUGGGGAGAGAGACUGUGCUCCACACUGGCUGAGCCAAGACUGGGAGAGGUGCAACACAACCUGCGGUCGUGGUGUGAAGCGAAGGAUUGUCCUAUGUGUCGGCAUCAGUGGAGGAAAGUUUCAGAUCUUUGAUGAGGAAGUGUGUGGAGGCAGUGAGAAGCCUGAAGAAGAGAACACAUGCUUUGAGAGGCCGUGCUUCAAAUGGUACACCACCCCAUGGUCUGAGUGCACUAAGACGUGUGGGGUGGGUGUGAGGAUGAGGGACGUGAAGUGCUACCAGGGCAGGGAGCUGGUCCGAGGUUGUGACCCCCUCACCAAACCGGUGGCCAAACAGACCUGCACUCUGCAGCCCUGCCCCACUGAGCCUCCAGAUGAGAGCUGUCAGGAUCGGCCCUCCACCAACUGUUUGCUGGCUCUUAAGGUCAACCUGUGCAGCCACUGGUACUACAGCAAGGCCUGCUGCCACUCCUGCCGUGCUGUCCGACCUCCAGCCUCCUAG